AAGACACUCUCACCUCCAGAGCCACAGAAGAAAUUAGGCUUUCAGGUAGAGAAUUUCUAUUAUUCUGAUUGCUUCCAAAUAAAGUAUUUUUUUUAAGAAUUUAAUUUUUUACUUGAUGAAAAAGCUUUUAUGUUCUAAUUUCCUGAGUAUUUAGAGAGUCUAGAAGGAGCAGAUUUUCCUAUAUAUGAAAAUAUUUAAGUAUAAGAUAUUUUAAAACCAAAGAUAAUAUUUGACCAGUUCAAAAAUUAGAAAUGGGCUUAAGUAUUCUCAGAGCUUUUCUUUACUUCGGGGUUCGAGACUGUGUUAUUGCUAUUAUUUACGAUAAUUUUAUUUGUGCUAAAACCAGUGGUUUCACAAAUGUUUUCUUCCUCUCCACCCAAUUAAUUCCCUUCCCGAAAUUACUAAAAACAUAGGAUGCAAAUCAACAACAAACAUAUAGUAGUCUAGACAUCUUGAUUUGUAUCUUGGGAAACGUUCUACAUUUCUUAAGUCUCUCGGCACAAAAUGUAUGGAAAACUCUUGUUCUCUGUGCUGGUAAUUGUACACUUAGAUUUGCAAUUCAGACAUUUAUAUAUAUAUAUAAAAAGUCUAUUACAUUAAGUUUCAUAUUAAGUAUGGUCUACAACCAGCAGAAUCAUACAUGUGUUGUUUUCUUUUUUAGAAUGAUUUCAUUAUGGCAAAUGGCUUAUUUCACUUCCUUAUUUGCUACAGUUUCCUGUGGAUGCGUGACUCAGCUAUAUAAGAAUACCUUCUUCCGAGAUGGGGACGUAAGCUCCACGUACAGCCCAAGCGCCCAGCACUGUCAGAUGAUCUGCACCUUCCACCCCAGGUGCUUAUUUUUCAGUUUUCUUCCUGCAAGUUCAACUAACGCCACAAACAAAAGGUUUGGUUGCUUCUUGAAAGAAAGUACAGCAGGGAUCCUUCCAAGGGUACCAAAGGCAGGGGCGAUUUCUGGACAUUCCCUCAAGCACUGUGGACGACGCAUCAGUGCUUGCCACCGAGGUGUUUAUAAAGACAUUGAUAUGAGAGGAGCCAAUUUUAAUGUAUCUAAAGUUAAAAGUGUUGAAGAAUGCCAAAAAAGGUGUACCAAUAACAUUCACUGCCAUUUUUUCACAUAUGCCACGCAAACAUUUCCCAGGGCAGCGUUCCGGAACAACUGCUUAUUAAAGAGUAGCCUGAGCGGAUCACCAACCAGUAUAAAGGUGCUGGAUAACGUCCUGUCUGGAUUCUCACUGAAGCCCUGCGCACUCUCAGAAAUAGGUUGCCACAUGGACGUUUUCCAGCAUCGCGCGUUUUCAGAUGUGGAUGUUGCCCGCGUUGUUGCUCCGGACGCUUUUGUAUGCCGCACCAUCUGCAGCUAUCAUCCCAGCUGCCUCUUCUUCACGUUCUAUACAAAUGCGCGGAACGUAGAGUCACAGCGAAAUGUUUGUUUCCUUAAGACUUCCAAAAGUGGAAUGCCAAGCUCCUCUACUCCACAGGAAAAUGCCAUAUCUGGAUACAGCCUUUUAACCUGCAAAAGGGCUUUGCCUGAACCCUGUCACUCCAAAAUUUACCCUGAAGUUGAUUUUGGAGGGGAAGAGUUGAAUGUGACCUUUGUUAAAGGAGCGAAUGUUUGCCAAGAGACUUGUACCAAGAUGAUUCGCUGUCAGUUUUUUACUUAUUCUUUACUCCCAGAAGACUGUCAGGGAGAAAAGUGUAAGUGUUCUUUAAAAUUAUCUUUGGAUGGUUCCCCAACCACAAUUACGUAUGGGACACAAGGCAGCUCUGGUUAUUCUUUGAGACUGUGUAAGACUGGGGAGGACUCUGUCUGCACUACAAAGUCAAGCACACGUAUUGUUGGAGGAACCAACUCUUCUUGGGGAGAGUGGCCCUGGCAGGUCAGCCUGCAGGUGACACUGACAGCCCACAGACACCUGUGUGGAGGGUCAAUCAUUGCCCACCAGUGGGUCCUAACUGCUGCCCAUUGCUUUGAUGGGCUUCCCUGGCCGGAUGUUUGGCGCGUUUAUGGUGGCAUUUUACAUCUAUCAGAUAUAACAAAAGAAACGCCUUUCUCACUAGUAAAAGAGAUUAUUAUUUACCAGCAAUAUAAAAUCUCAGAAGGUGGUCAUGAUAUUGCCUUACUGAAACUUGAGGCGCCUUUGAAUUAUACUGAAUUCCAAAAACCAAUAUGCCUACCUUCCAAAGAUGAUACAGAUACAAUUUAUACCAACUGCUGGAUCACUGGCUGGGGCUACACCAAGGAAAAAGGUGAAAUCCAAAAUACUCUGCAAAAGGCAAAUAUUCCUUUGAUAACGAAUGAAGAAUGCCAGACAAGAUAUAGAGAUUAUGAAAUAACCAGUCAAAUGAUCUGUGCUGGCUAUAAGGAAGGGGGAACAGAUGCUUGUAAGGGAGAUUCAGGUGGUCCCCUAGUCUGUAAACACGAAGGAAUCUGGUAUUUGGUGGGCAUCACCAGUUGGGGUGAAGGCUGUGCCCGCAGAGACCAUCCAGGUGUCUACACCAAAGUGGCUGAGUAUGUGGACUGGAUUUCAGAGAAAACGCAGGAUGGUAGUGGACACUCUUGGAUGAAGUCGCCAGAGGCUAUGUAGUGGUAGUGAAAAGCCUGUCUGCAGCGCCAGUUUUACAAACCUGAGUUCUAGCCUUGGUGUCCUCAUAUGCAAAACGUGGAGAGUGGUGUCUACCUCACAUCCUUGUCAUAAUGCUAAAACGAGACAAGGCAUGCAUGGCUGCCGAGGUCCAUGUCUGUGCUGGGCAUGCCUUUGGCAUUCUAUAAACGGGAGCUAAUAAUGGCAAAUGACACCUGAAGGUCUUCUCCACAAUCACUUAUUAUGAAAUAAAAUGG